AUGAGCAGCGAGGACAACGCUGAUUCUUCGCAGUCGCCUGGUGGCGGCGCCCGUCUCCCCAACGACAACCCCAUCACCACGCGCAGCGGCAGAUCCAUCAACGUCGACGAGGACGCUGACAACGAGCCGGAGCACACGAGCACACCGCCGCCCGCGCCUGCUCCGCUGCCAUCGACACCGGUGCAGCAGCUCAUCUUCAACACUGAGUUCGACGCGGAUAUGACCGGCAACAUGGCCAGCGAGGACCAGCCAAGUGCUGGUGAGCCCACGGUGACGCGGCAAAAGGGCCCGCAGUAUCGACUCCCGCCCGAGUUCGUACCCGCCUCUGCUUCUGGUGGGAUGAAUGGUGGCCAGGCACCAGGCGAGAUCCCGCCGCCCCAAAUGUUCAGCAAAAUCCGGACGGCUUGCGCCGAGGCAGUGCCCAUCUGCUUCACGCUCCAGGAGGAGCUCCAGCGCGAGGAUGGCCUGCGCGAGUACUCGCAGAUGACGUACUUCUCCCGCGCGAGACGCGUCGGCGACUGCCUGAUAGACAUCCGCCUGACGGUCGACAUGCUCGAGCAGCGCGUGGUGCGCGACAUCAUGGGCCAGGCCAACCUCAUGGCCGCCAUCGCUGAGCAGCGCGACGCCGCGGCCGCCGAGGUCGAGCGGCUGCGUCGCCAGCUCCGCCAGGCCCAGGCAGAGCUCGUCGCCGCCACGGCCGCUGCGGCCGCGUACCAGGACGGAUCGGGCCGUGGAGGACCGCGCGCGGGUGGUGGCAGUGGAGUCCAGCCGCCUUCGUCCUACUCGCAGGUCAUCGGCGAUCUGAGGCGUCGUCCUGACCAGCAUGACGUUCCACCCAGCUAUGGCAUGCACCGUUUCAGCUCGACCAACAGCCGCAACCAGUCUACUCGGCUCGGCAACGCUUCCCUACGCGGCAGCGCCUCUCGCGGCGGCCGUGGCUACUAUAGCGGCUCCCGCGGCGGCUACGUUCGAUUUACCGACGAUCACUCAGGAUAUCGCAACUCCUCGAGCGUCCCGUACCGCCAAAACCAGGCCGGAGGCGGCACCAGCUUCAUCCCGGGCGUCAACAGCGGAAGUAGCAUAAGCCAGCACAACAACAACAACAACGGCGGCGUCCAGCUGCUCACGAUGCAGGCCCACGCGGCCACCAGCGCCACCGAGUCGGGCCCCGAGAGCCCCGCCCGACAGCGCGGCCGCAACAUCCAGGCGGCCCGGCGCGCGGCCGCCCUCGACGACCUGCGAUCCUCGGCCUACGGCGGCAACGGCUCCGAGUCCUCGGCCCACGGGCAGCAACAACAGCAGCCCCAGCAGCAGCACCGCGACGCUCCCGCCAUCGGCCCCACGCCCCGCCAGCUGGCGCAGGCCCUCGAGCGCAAGCAACAGGCGCGGGGGGGCAGCACGCCCGGCCCUGACGCCAGCACCAGGGCCACGGUCCAGGAGCAGGGCCCCGCCGGCAAACUGCCGGGGGCCAUCAGCGACGGCCGCUCGGGCUACUGGGAGCCCGAGGACGGCGGCUCGCCGAUCCCGCUGCUCAAGAACAACAUGGACUUUCCGCGGAGCACCUCGGACCUCAAGAAGGGCGACGAUAACGGGGGUGUAGGCAACAUCGACAAGGGCGACGUCAGCAGCCCGUCGGGCGACUCGUCUCUCCACCCAUCUUCGUCAGCGUCCAACAUCCGCCCCCGCGACCCGACGCCGUUCCGCGGCCAGAUCACGCCGCGGCUUCCCGACGAGGGAGGUGCCGGUGCCGCGCACCCGCCGCCUUCCGGUGGCAACAACAACGCCAACAGCGGUGGCAGUGGCGCCUUUCAGAUGCAUGGUCCGUCGCAUAACAACAACAACAACAACGCGAACUACUCGGGACCUCGGGACCACGGCCGGGACAAGGAGAACCAUGGCCGUCAGAACACGGGCUACUACAGCAACAACAGCAACAACCGUGCCGGCCCCUCGCGGCCCCCGAAUCACGGCCACCACGGCCAGCGCAACUACCACGGACCCCGCGGUGGAGGAAGCGGCCGAAACUUUGGCAACAAUCACACCAACAACAGCAACGCCUUGGUGCCGCACCGCGGCGAGGACCGCGAUCAGGACGACAACAGCGCCGCCGCCUUCACGGCCGACGACGGCCUCGACCUCGACAAGGUCGGGCGCGAGUGGCGGCGCGAGCUGGAGCAGGUCUUCACCCUGUUCGCGGGCUGGGUGCGCAAGAACUGCCGCGUGCCGAACCCGGCGGCCGACUCGGGCAUCGCGGCCUCGUACCCGCGCCUGUGGGCCUACAUGCUGAGCGUGGCGUACCCGGACGGCCCCGAGCGCGCGGCCUCGCACGUGCAGUUCCUGCUGUCGGACCCCGAGAUUCGCUGCUACUUCAUCUGCCGCCUGCUGCUGCAGUACGUCGUCAUGGACGUCUUCCGCACCGAGUCGUGGCUCGGCGUCAACGACCGCUCCACGGCCGAGCUGCAGAUCGUCCUGGGCACGCGCGACGUGCUCAUCUCCAAGGCGACGAGCGGCAUGGGCGCCAGCAUCAUCAACGGCCGCAGCAGCAAAGACAACAACAGCAACGAAACCGCGACCGACGGACCUCCCGAGAUGUGCCUGUCCCGCCACAACCGCCAAGCCCUGCAGGUGGCGCGGGCCGAGUGCGUGGCGCGCCUGCUGACCGGCCCGGACUGGCCGCGGUUCCGGCAGAUGCGCAUCAACGCGUGCGUCAACCGCUUCAAGGACAUCGUGGGCCCCCUCAUGGACGACCGCGUCAGUCGGACGGCGGCCAGCCACGACCUGUACAGCAUCGCCGUCAACGCCAUCGAGACGUCUGCGCGCGUGCUGAGCUCGAGCCUGUCCUUCUCCUUCGGCUUCUCCGACACGGGCGCCAGGUUCGCCCGCCGCAACCACCACCCCAUUAACAGCUCGCGCGACCCCCGCGAGCUGCACGCAAUGCACUGGCGCAUCAUGUGCGUCGUCACCCCGUCCGUCGCCGUCCGCGACGACUCGGGCGACGGGCCCGAGCACCGCAUCAUCGCAAAGGCCAAGGUCCUGGUCAUGGCUUGA